AUGGUCGAAGUUGCCCUUGUCACCGUCAACUUGGCGACAGUAGCCCUGGAAAGUGUCCUCUAUGGAAUAUUCCUCGUCCUCGCUUCGGCUUCCGUAUAUUUCAAUGUAUCCCGGUCUGCCUCGGCCAGACGACCUCGAGGCCGUCGAUGUUGGCUACUGGACCCAAUUUCCGUAGGUUCGGCUCUCAUUUCGCUCACGAUAACCGGGCACUGGAUCACGACAAUCGCCCGGCUCUUUGAUGCGUUUGUCAAUUGCAACGGUAGUGCGACCCCACUGGAAUACUAUAGUACCAUCUGGCUGUCAAGCGAAGCUGCCCAAUCCUCUUUCCUCAUCGCCACGCUUAUCCUCUGUGAUUCUAUGCUGAUAUACCGUUUAUGGGUUGUCUGGGGUUACAACUACGUGGUCGCUAUAUUACCGAUGUGCGCUCUGCUAGGAUUCUGCGUCGCCGGACCAGUCGCUGUUUACGAACAGACACUUAUUCGAGGCAGUAUUUUCGCUCAGACCGUGGUGCAAUGGGUCGACGCAAGCUACGGUUUGACAUUUGCGCGAGUUACUCAUCAGAUGCUGCGACGGAACUGGAAGUCUAACUCUUGUUGUGUAGGACGAACAUAUAUAGCACUUGUAAAUGCUCUAUAUACUGUCAUCGCGAAUCUAGCUAAGGCUUCGACAUUUAGGUCGUAUGCGAUCUUCUUCCUCAUCACAUAUAGGGCGAAAAGCAACGUACAAUUCUUCACCAUCGACACGCUCUGCCCAGUGACUGGUAUAGCAUUCAUGCUCAUCAAUGUUCGUGUCGGGUUAGGCUGGGCAGCGCGGGGAGCUUCACUCAUUUCAAGUUCACCCUCUGGCUCGAGCUCCCAGGCUGUACGCGGUGGUACUGUGCAUUCAGAAAUGGCGUUCGCCAUGCGUCCAGUAACAGUCGACGUUAUAACCGUUAUUCAUCAAGACAUGGGCGAUGACUUGGAGGAAUCUCGAGUGAAGUCGGAUUAUAAUACUACUGCAUUGUAG